GUUGCAGACGCGCGGGCUACAGACCGCCGCUAUUGGUCAGGGGUUUAGAGGCCAUCUUUAUGGGAAAAGGGUUUCGACAAGGCAGUUUUGCAUAGGACGCCGUCGUCUUCUUGACUUGCUGGGUGGUUCAUACGAUGCGACAGGCGUCGAGAGUAAAUGGCAAGAGAUAUGGAGAGAAAAGGCGAAAGAAGGCCGCCAAGGGGGCCAGUUGAAGAGGCCGUUCUAUUGCUUGUCCAUGUUUCCCUACCCAUCUGGUCUCCUGCAUAUGGGUCACGUUAGAGUGUAUUCAAUUAGUGAUGCAAUUUCCAGGGCGCGUCAGAUGAUGGGGUACGAGGUAUUACAUCCUAUGGGAUGGGACGGGUUCGGACUCCCGGCGGAAAACGCGGCGAUUGAUCGGCGCUUGCAUCCGAGCGAUUGGACAACAAAAAACAUUGCACAAAUGAAGGAUCAGAUGAACCGUCUGGGAUACUCGUUCGAUUGGGACAGAGAGGUAGCGACCUGUUCGCCAGAGUAUUAUCGGUGGACGCAGUGGAUAUUCUUGCAGAUGGCCAAGUCUGGAUUGGUUUACCGGAAGAAUGCGCUGGUCAAUUGGGACCCCGUUGACCAAACGGUGCUGGCGAACGAGCAGAUCGAUGCCCAGGGGAACAGCUGGAGGUCCGGGGCCAGAGUCGAGAAAAAGUGGAUGAAGCAGUGGUUUUUGAAGAUUACAAAAUAUGCGGAGUCUCUGCACGCUGGAUUGGAGAAUUUAAGGGGUAGGUGGCCGUCAGAAGUAAUCGACAUGCAGCGGGAGUGGAUAGGUAGAUCGGAGGGUCUAACUAUAAAUUUCAAGGUUGAUAGAGAGUCGUUCGGUUCAGAAAUCGUUGUAGACUCUGUUUCUGUAUUUACGACUAGUCCAGAGACCUUAUUUGGAUGCACGUACAUUGCGGUGUCUCCGCAUCAUCCAUUGGCGGAGCGUUUAAUGGCGGAAGAGAGGAGAGAGAGAGGAAAGGCGUUCGUGUGUCAAGUUGAGAAAUUUUCUUCUGAUCGUCCGAGUGGAUUUUUUACGGGCGCCUAUGUGAUCCAUCCGAUAAGUGGUAAGAAGCUGCCUAUAUAUCUGGCAGAAUACGUUCUUGCCGAAUAUGCAUCCGGCGCCGUGAUGGGUGUUCCAGCGCACGAUGCUCGAGACCGGGCAUUUUCUAUCGAACAUCACUUACCGGCCAUACAGGUAUUGCAGUCACCCGCAGGCGGAGAGAAGGAAUAUGAGUUCUUGGGGGUACCUAACGUGGACAUGGAUAAAUGGCUGUUAAAGAACAGCGAGGAAUACAGCGGACGAACGGUUCCGGAGGUAAGGAGGGCAAUUGAAGAAAGAGCAACUCUAGAGGGAUGGGGAAAGCGGGAUUUGGCCUAUGCUCUAAGAGACUGGCUCAUAUCUCGUCAGAGGUAUUGGGGCACGCCCAUCCCCAUUAUCCAUUGUCCUUCAUGCGGUCCAGUAACGGUACCGGAAGAUGAGCUUCCUGUAACUCUACCGGCCAAGUUUGAGGGGCAACUAAGAGCUGGGUGCUUCUCCCCCUUAAGUCGAGACCAAAGUUGGGUACGGUGCACUUGUCCGACGUGCGGGUGCCCUUCUGAACGCGAGACCGAUACCAUGGAUACAUUUGUAGACAGCUCUUGGUACUUUCUUCGAUUUCCGGACUCUCAAAAUAGCUCAAAAGCGUUUUCUCCCGAUUCCGUUCGAAAGUGGUUUCCGGUGAGUCUUUAUAUUGGGGGUAUCGAACACGCAAUCUUGCACCUUCUGUACGCUCGCUUCGUGACUCGGUUCCUCCAUGAGAGAGGACUGAUUCCCGAACCAGAGCCCUUUUCGACUCUGCGCACUCAGGGCAUGGUUCACGGAAAAACCUAUCGCCUCCUCUCUUCAAGCCGCGUGGUUCCUCCGGACCAAGUCCAAGAAGCCCCUGAUGGGACGGCGCGGCUCGCAGGCACCGGAGAAGUUCUGAAGGUGAGCUGGGAAAAAAUGAGCAAGUCCAAAUACAACGGCGUGGAUCCACAAACUGUCAUCGCCGCGUACGGCGCGGAUACCGUUCGUGUCUUCUUGCUUUUCAAAGCGCCUAUAGAACGCGUUCUGAACUGGGAUGCGGCUCAAAUCGCUGGCCCUUCGAGGUGGCUCAAGCGAAUAUGGAAUGUCAUUCUCCGGUACCAUUGGCUCUGUUAUCGAGUUUCCGUCGGUACAACAUCUGAUGCCAAAAAUAGUAACGACACAACUGAACGUGUCAAAAGUGGUAUCUCUCUGUCCAAUUGGAGCCAGAAGCGCCGCUUGCAUUCGGAGCUGCAAUCUACAAUUCGACUCGUCUCCAAGGACUUUGAGAGUUAUUCUCUGAACGUUGCCAUUUCUAGGCUCAUGCGGUUCACUGGUCUCCUCGCCGCCGCGCUUCCCAGGCUCCCCGUUGACGUCUCUCUCGCCGCCGCGCCGCGUUCAGACGAGGCGGAGCUGCUUGAUCCCGCGUUCGCCAGGGCCUGUUUAGAGCCGUUGCUCGUUUUGCUCGCCCCGAUCGCCCCCCACUUCGCCUCCGAAGCCUGGCAACUUCUCCGCAGCGAGCUCGACGCCGACGGCACCCUGCGCGCGCCUCGGCCCUCGGAAGACAUAUUUGAGCAGAGCUGGCCCCAGGCGGAGCCGGAGCACGACCAGUCCGUGUCCGACGGACGGCCCGUCACGCUUUCUGUCCACAUUUCUGGCGUGCUGAAGGGGAAGCUCGCGCUGCCGAUCGACACGGCGCUCACCGAGCAAACUGCCGUACAACACGUAAAAAACAGUCCCAAGUUUCAAAAAAUCCUUCGAGGAAAAACUAUCAAAAAGAUUGUUUACAUUUCCAAAAAUCACACUCUUAACUUGUGCGUAUAGAGGAGAAAAAACUGUGCAAGCCGCCGUGGAGCACACGCGGUAAAAAUAAACGCCUUUCACGUCGUGUGCCGCGGCGUCUGAAGGUCGAGAUCUGUCUCUUGAA